CCGCAGAGAAGGGAAAAGCAGACGGACAACCACGAAAGUAGACAGGAGGGAGUAGGUUUGUCUGUGUGUGUGUGUGUGUGUGUGUGAGAGAGAGAGAGAGAGAGAGAGAGAGAGAGAGAGAGAGAGAGAGGAUGGCGGAGCGAAGAUGAAGAUUAAGACAAUGACGAUGAUUGGGGGCGGGAGGACAGGAAAGUAACUGACGCAACGGGGAGAGAGAGAGAGAGAGAGAGGGGGGGGGGGGCGAUGGCGGAGCGAAGAUGAAGAUUAAGACAAUGGCGAUGGUGAUGGGCGGGAGGACCGAAAAGUACCUGAAGGAACGAAGAUAGACAUGGUUUGUGGAACGAGGAAGGAAAGUUAGUCUUCUGCUGAUUGGUUUGCUGUGGUUGACGGAGGAAACUCAGUGUUCUGCGCAUUGGCUCUUUCAAAGUUGGACGUUUGUUCGCCAACAGUCCCUUUGAAUUGCGACGUCAGACAGGUGUCCCAUUGAAAGGAAAAGCUGAUGGGACGUCUUGUCGGGCUGAAAGGUGCCGGAUGUCUUGCCAAAGGAGGAAAAGCAAGUUUACUAUAUUUGGGAAGUGGUGCAAUGUGACGCGUCUGUAUCCAAUGUGGCUGUGGCGAUAUCUUGAGUCUCAGACUGGGGUGAGGGAUCGGUACGGCCACGCUGUUCAGGUUUGGAGAUCGGGAUAGACGUCCCACAGGCGAAAGCGGUAGCUGUGGGCCUGUGGCCGAUAUGUCUGUCAGUGGAGGCUUCUACAGUUGGCAGAUCAACGGCCAAGAAUCUCUCUCAUGGGUAGUGAAUCGUGCUGGUCGUCAGUUUGUGGGGAUAUUGGCCGCGUGUAUACUAUUGCUCCGGUUGUCGGCAUCGGCCGGGCGAGAUGCACCGGGCACGACGUCCGAGAACACCAUUACCGUGCUGGAAAACGAAUUGAGACCCAUUGCUGAAGCGGCGUUGACAGAUCCAGGUGUGGCUGCUGUCAGCGACCUUUUCCCUGAGGAGGCUAUGCCUCCUGGUGAUCUUGCACAACCGGGGGUUACAUACAACUGGUACUAUGUUACGACAAUUCGCCGAAACAGCUCGUUCACUUGCAUGAGCUGCCAGCAUCCCAUUUAUGCUGUUGUGUUGGGGAGUGGGAGUGUUGAAGGACAACAUGGCGACGGCAAAAUUGGGCAACGGGUUCGUACCAGGCUCUGGUACCGGGAAGAUUUCCUAAUACGUAUCCAGCACGCUACAUUGUCGGAAGGACGCCGCGGCAGGGUGGAGUCCAGGCCGCCGACUGGUUGCGGAUGCCCAUCAUGGAGCUCUUCAUGUUUCACGGAUUCGCGGUAUCAGGAGACCGGAUCAUGCAAUCAAAGUCUGAUUGGCCAUGAUCUUGUGCUUGAUAUUGCGGUAUCUUUAUCUGGCGACGGCUGGGCAGUAAUCGCCAAUUUAGCACCAUCCAAGACGUACGCAUUUGAUCCUGAUGGCGACGAGACAGAGUUCACGUUGGUUUAUGACGAAGUCGACUCGGACUCUACGUUGUUAGCUCGAUCUGUCUUUGCGAGAAUCGGCACUCCUCCACUCUUCCCAUCAACAGCGGCACCAUCUUUACUCUCCAGAUCAAGCUUGCGGCUAUCGGAAUCCAGACCAUCGAGCUCGCCGAACCAGCCAUCCAGCCGUCGUGGCCCACUACCUGCAGAGCCGUCCAGCUCCGUGGCCGCCCCGAUAUCGCCUGGAGUGAAACGGAGUCCCUCGACACCAUGGUCGUCUACGGUCAUCGCCAUAAUCUCAGUCACCUCGACGUGUAUCCUUUUCGCUUUGUUAAUGGGUGUGCUCGUCUUGCUGCAGAGAGUGGCAGUUGACAGGACCCAGUCUGGAAUCAGACGACGACGCAUUAACAGGUCAUCAUGUGGCGCUCACUCAAAUAACAACGAUCAGGACAGAAGCCCCGGUCCACCUGGUACGCGGUACGCGGAAGAUGUCGAAAAUGGACUUCCAGGAGGAGAGCUGCCCAUGCUGCAUUCCGAUCAAGCAGCACGUGUUGAUCGAACGGCGCGCAUCGAUCAACUUCCACACGCAAAGGAUCUGACGCCUGCCACACACAUGCCACUGACGAGCACAGGCAAAGUUCCUACGGCCAAUGGCGUGGCGACGGCGCGGGGAAAUACAGCCUCGUCACGAUCUACCACCCCAUCACGGAGAGCGGACCUGUUCAUGGUGCGCUCUCUGACAUUGCACGAUCUCGAGGAGAUCACGUACCAUUUCAAGCACAAGAUCGGCGAGGGAGGAAGUUCAGUUGUCUACAAAGGCAAACUGGAAGAUGGGACUGAGGUGGCUGUUAAAGCGCUUAAGGCCGCGUAUUAUAGGUGCCGUAAAGACUUUACAAAUGAAGUUAAGUUGUUCGGAAAUAUCAAUCAUAGGUACCUGGUGCGGCUUCUCGGAUAUUGCUACCACGACAAUGGGCAUUUCUUGGUGUAUGAUCAUGUCGGCAACAAGUCAUUACACGACCAUCUGCAUAAAGCUUCUGUCAACGGUGUCAAAACUGAAUUGGACUGGCCCAAGCGGGUGAAGAUCGCUAAUCAAGUGGCGUUCGCACUCGAGUACCUGCACCACUCUCUGGAGCGCCCGGUGGUCCACCGCGAUGUUAAGCCGAAGAACGUCUUCCUGACGUCCGAUCUGACAGUGAAGCUCGGCGAUUUCGGUCUUUGCAGACCUAUCGGAAAAUCGGGAUUGGUGUCAGAAACUGAUGUCGUCGGAACGCUUGGCUACAUGGCCCCGGAGGUCCUCCACAGCGAACUGGUCACCGAAGGAGCUGAUGUGUACGCCUAUGGCAUUGUACUGCUUGAACUAAUCACUGGCAAAAUACCAGAUGCGAAAUUGCAGAUUCGCGAAUGGGUGAAGAAGCAAUGGCGGCCGCGAGAUCUGACGUCGGCGGUUCGACUGGUGGAUCCUAGGCUUGGCGGUGCCGUUGAUGAAUACGAGCUUUGUGUGCUGCUGUUGUUGGGACUGCACUGUUGUCGGCGGGAGAGGGAUCAAAGGCCGAUUAUGCGAGAUGUUACACGCAAGUUCGAUGAGUUGAAGCGCAGUAGGGGAAGCAGGGACUCGACAGACGUCUCUCUUCACCACAAUCAUCAUUAUCUGCAUCACCAACAACAAUAGUAGCAGCAGCAGCAGGAGCGCCAGCAGCAGCGCCGUGAAUACCGGUAAUAUCCUCAAGGCAUAGGGCCUCGCUCCACGGCUCUCCACAUACACAAAAGACAAAAAAUAUGGUGGUGUAUGCUUCCAUCCAUGUUCUAAUGGAAGAUUCAUUCUCAUUUUGCACGUUUGGAGAGAAGUGGAGCGAGGGCCAUAGUCAGCGCAGUGUCACAUGAGGAAUGUGUUAAUCAUUUUAAUUGAUAAUAAAAUAAAAGACGAAGA